CCUCUCCAAUGAUUUUUAAAAAUUGCUUAAGAAAUGACGUAGUUUUCUUGUCAUUUUGAAAUACCAUUUUCUAUGUUCAUUUCCAUGAUAUAUAUUUCAGUUUUCGUAUUGAGAUGGAAUAUUACUCAAAGAUUUUGUGUUUUUUCUUGGGAAUUUUGAAUCAAAAUGUGGUACCUACCUUCGCCGGAUAUUGUUACAGUUAUUACUACAACUAUUAUUACUACUGUAACACCUACUGGGCAAUCGGAAGUAUUGUGGGAGCAGUUAUUGGAGGAAUUAUAGGAUUGGUCAUUGUCAUAGUUAUUGUUGCUGUAUUAUGUGGAGCAUGUAAAACACGUGGUAAUCGUGGAACAGUAGUCCAACCAGCACAGACCACAACAGUCCAAACAGUAUAUCAGGGCCAACAACCACCACCACAGUAUAAUCAAGGUCAACCACCACCGCCACAGUACAAUCAAUAUCCUCCGCCAGGUGGCUCAGUGUAUCCACCUGUACAAAAUGCCGCAUAUCCACCACCAAUGGGAGCUCAUCCAGGUCAACCAGCUCCAUCCGCUUUCGCUUACAACCAACCACCACCACCGCCAUAUACGGGAACAGCACCACAGAAGCAAUAGCAUGGCAUUGCCAUUGUUUUCUAGCGACUGUUGUCCAACUAUUAUGUUGCCAUACAAAACAGAUUUUAAAGGACUUUCAAUUCAUUAAUGUGAUAACAUUUUUUUCUAAUUGUAUUACUUUGCUGUUUUGCAAUAGUUUUAUUUGUACGAAAUAACAUUUAUUUCGGUGAUAAAAGUUUAUAAGAAUG